CUUUUAUUUCCCCUCUAAUCACUCACUUCUACAAUAUUACCACUUACGAGUUACGUGUACACACUCCUUAAAUUCCCACCAUUUCUUUCUCCAAUUUUGCUAAAUCAUUCUUCUUAAAUUAAAAAUAGAUAAAGGGGUAAAAUGGCGGGAAGAUGGGUUGCGGUAGACUCAGCAACCCAAACUUCAGAUUUCGGGUCGGAUGAUGAAGAGUCAUACACGUUACAUGAGAUGGGGAGUUCGAGCCCGAAAGUGGAUACUUCUCAGCCUUUCGGGUCCGUUGAAGAAGCGGUAAUUCGGUUCGGAGGUCGUGGGUUUUGGAACCCUCAACCCAUUCUCGAUGUUGAUCCGGCUACUGCUACUGAUGACAAUUGUCAAAAUACUGAUGUCCAUAAACUUGAUGAACGAACAGCAACGAUGUUGAAAGAUCUGCAAAGGAAAGAACAAGAAACACAUGACAUCUUGAAAGAACUUGAGUUAACCAAAAGGCUUGUAGAAGAGCUAAAACUGAAGGUGCCAAAAGAUCAAGUUCAUGACCAAUGCACAUCAAACCCAUGCUUAGGCUUUCAAAGGCAACCGAACCACGAGUUUUAUGUGAACAAAUAUCCUGUGGAUUCCACAACAAUCAAGAAUGAAGAACAAUUGAACUUGCUUCCAUCAACUGCUGCUGGACUGAUAAUGAUGGAAUUAAAGCAAGCGAAAAACAACCUGUAUCAGAACACCAAUGAUCUUGCUGAACUUCGCGCUUCUGUUGAGGCUCUCAGCAGAAAGAUGGACAGGGAGAAAACCUCAGUUGAACUGCAACCUUCGAGUACUCAUGUCAAUGAAGCUAGACAUGAAAUGAAAGUUAGGAAUGAAGCGUUUAACCCAUUAGCUAUCUCAAGAGAGCUUAGAGAGUUGAAUUUCGAGGCUGAUCAGUUUAUGAAGACAGCUGAAGCAGCAAGAUCAGAAGUUCUGAAGGCAAUGUCAGAUGUAGAACAGACAAAAACAAGCCUUAGAGUGAUAGAAAUGAGAUGGGUUGUUGCCAAGAAGCUUGAGGAUGCUGCUAAGGCUGCUGAAUCUCUUGCUUUGGCUGAGAUCAGGGCUUUAUCAUCGAGCAAUGAAGGUAUAUCAUUCGAGGGUUAUAAUCAGCAAAACGCGGGAAGAAUUAGUCUGUCAAUUGAAGAGUAUUCUAGUUUGAGUAAUAAAGCUCAAAAAGCUGAAAACUUGUUGAAAAGGAGGGAGAUGGAUGCUUUGAGGAAGAUAGAAGAAGAAACAGAGGAGAAACUGAUGAGUAAGAUGGGAUUUAGGAACAAUAUGCCUUUACACCCUCGAAGGGAUCCUAGGCUGCUCGAUUCCAACGAGUUUGAGUACAUGAGAAAUGAUCAGUGUUAUAAGCCAGUUGCAAGGCCAACAACUACUUCAAUAGGAGACAUAUUGAGCAGGAAACUUGUGCUGAGGGAUGAUUUAGAAGAAAGUGGUGGUGGUGGUGGCGGUGGUGGUGGUGGAGGAGGGAGGCAAAGGGUGUCGUUGAACCAAAUGCUACGACGACAUAGAGGAGAGACAAGUCCACCUAAGAGAAGAGAGAAAGAUGGUAAUGAGGGAAAGAGUUUCUUCUCCAAGAGAAAGGGUCUGGGGUUUGUGCAUAUAUCACUUCCAAUGUCAAAGCAGAGUAAAAAUAAGAUUCAGUCUUUGAAUUUUUGGAGAGGAGACAACGAAUAGAAGGAUGGAGUUGUAUUAGUUGAAUACUUGUUUGCCAUAUUCUUGAUUGGCUGUGUGGUGCUUAGCUUGCUCAUGCUACUUAUAAUGCUUAUAUGUAUGUUGUAUGUAAAGGAGUUGCUCUAUUUGAUUUGUGCUUGUAUUGGAUUGUGAGAUUCGUUCAUGUUCUUUAUUCCAAUAUAACCAUUGUUCGAGUCGAA